AUGAACCACCAUCUGCCCGCCAUGCAGCAUGGGCAGCCCAUGCCUCCCCAGCGCCGCCAGCAGGACUUUCCUUAUAACACUGUGCCGCCGAAUAUGCGCUCUUCGCCAUACAUGGGAUACCACCCGCACAUGAAUGGCCACAUGCCCCAGUCCUACGCGCCGCAACCAUACCCUCAAUGGUAUCCGCCAUAUGGGCAUAUUCAACAGAUGCCGCAACGUCCAUACCAGCCGCAUCCUUAUAGUCCAAUGAUUGUGUCCUCAUACCCUCAUUCGCAACCCGUUAUGGUGCCGACUCACCUUCCCCCUCAUUCGAUGUCGAUGCAACAAAGAAUCCCGACUCCUCUACAACCGACAAUGUCUCCAUCCAUCCAGAUCCCAUCGCUUCAGCCCGAAAUGCACGAACAUCCCGCCGUGCUACCUCAGCCAGUUCCAGUAUACCCUGUCGCUUCGCCAUCGCCGCGAUGGGAGCCGAAGUCAAGCCUUCCGCCUAAGCCUGACUUCACCGCGCCUCUUCCUUGGCUGUCUGUGCCCGAGCAGCCUUUCCCGCCUAGAAUCCCACGCAGACGACGUAAGGGUCGUGCGAUGCAAUAUUCACUUGAACUGCCUGAUAAAGAUGCGCAAAAGGGCAUUGAGACCAACAACCUGGAAGAAACUAAGCUGUCAUCAUCUAUUCAAGUACCCUCCGAACCCCAAACCCCGACUACUACGUUCCAACAAUCGGAUACCGACUCUACGCAGCCCACCACACCUUCCUCCACAGCACGAUCACAGGCUCCUUCCAAGUCUUCAAAGCCUGCUACUGCUCCUGUUGUCCCAGUAGUACCCAAUGUACCGGCCACCCCACGUCGCCAUACCAAAGGCAGCAGCAGCGUCACAUCUGGAACGCCCAAAUCUACUGCAGCGACUACUGUAGAGACUGAAGCUGACACAGCUCCUGUCACUGACACCAAGAAAAGUUCUCCUGUUCCCGCCGCCAACAAGCGUUGGGCCGAUCUAGUCCGCUCCAAGCCAUCUGCAAAGCCAGCGGGUACCUCCGCCCCCGCCCCGGCCACAACGAAUGGAGUGCCCCAGAAGAGCGAAUCGCUUGCAGAUGUCCUGGUCACACUGGGCGAGGAUGUAACUCAGUACAGCGAUAAGAUUGCGUUCCUGGAGCCUCGGGGUCUUGUCAACACUGGAAACAUGUGCUACAUGAACUCCGUGUUGCAAAUUCUUGUCUCGUGUACGCCAUUCUUCCAGUUCCUAGACCAUCUUGGCCGUCGCGCCACGCAUAGCUUCCAUAGCGAUCUUCCUUUGAUCGACGCGAUGAUCAUGUUCAUGAAAGAGUUCCGCGUUAUCGACGCGGCAACUUCAGAAGAGCAGUUGCGCCUCAGAUUGAAGCCUACCGAGCUUGAGCAAUAUGGUGAAGCAUUCAUUCCAGAAUUUGUCUACGAAAUGGUUCGACAGCUACCGAGAUUCAGAGACAUGCGACGCGGGCACCAACAAGAUGCCCAGGAGUUCCUCGGAUUCCUUCUCGAGGAAAUGCAUGAGGAGUGCGCUCGUGCUUCCAAGUACACAUCGAUCAAAACUCAGGAGUCUGAUGAUUCUGGCGCUGAUGAAUGGCUGGAGGUUGGCCACAAGCAGAAGGCAGCCGUGACACAGCUAUCUGGCUCUAUCGCCGCGGAGUCCCCAGUCACUAGGAUCUUCGGGGGCAAGCUUCGAUCAGAGUUCAAGGUUCCCGGAAACAAAACCUCUGUCACUUUGGAACCCUACCAGCCCCUACAACUGGAUAUCGGAGCGCAUGAUGUCCACAACAUUCUGGACGCUCUCAAGGGUCUGACCAAGCCAGAGAGUAUUCAGGGUGAUUUCAACUCAUCGCGUGGUCCCAACGUUACUGCCACGAAACAAAUAUUCAUUGAGACUUUGCCUCCUGUCCUCAUCCUUCAUCUGAAGCGAUUCCAAUAUGACAGUAUCACUGGAGCUACUCAGAAAAUUUGGAAGAAGGUUGGUUAUCCUCUUGACUUGGAGCUGCCACGGGAGGUUUUCCCGGCUCACCAGCGUAACGCCAUGGCGGCUCAGGGUGGUCCCCCCAAGUACCGCCUUAUGGGAGUCAUUUACCACCACGGAAAGAACGCCAGCGGCGGUCACUACACGGUCGAUGUCCGUCGUCAGGAAGGCUUGGAAUGGAUCCGUAUGGACGACACUAUCAUCCGUCGCGUUCGCAGCGAAGACGUGGCUGAAGCUGGUGGCGAGGAAGACCCUAAGGUGCUUGCUGCUGCUCUGGAACAGCACAAGCAGAACAAGACCCCCAACGGCAACAUAUUCGACCACAUUGACCAGGACGACAUGGACUCAGCUGAUAGCGACAAGGGCUGGAGCCAGGUCAAUGGCAAUGGUAUCAAUGGACAUGCAAGCAAGAAAUCUGUCAACGGAGUUACCCCAUCUCCCGGUCAGUCAUCUGGCGUGCGGACUCCAAUUGGCCGCUUUGGCUCCCGCGAUAACAAGGUUGCCUAUUUGCUGUUCUACCAGCGGAUGGAUUGA